AUGCUUUGUCGAUCUCUGCGGGUUAAUUUUUCAGGCCUCGACAGGAAUGAAUCUCAGAAAGGAAUGAACGCACUGUUUGCAAUGGCACAAUCACUUCCAAUGGCAAAGAAACAAGAUAAGAACAAAGCUUUCCAGAAGCGGAAAUUGAAGGUGGGAAAAGUACUUCGGAAGACGGCCACGACGGACACAACGUUUACCGCAAAGAAGCUGACGCUUUUGACGCAAUUGGGCGGAUCGCAACAACAAAAUCACGGCGGAAUUCGUUACGGGAUUGGUGGAGAUGAUCAAGAGGAGGAAGUUGGGCGGAUUGAAAGUUUUCGCGGCAACACGCUGGAGGUUUUGUGCAAACAGCUCGGGCACGACAACAAGACGAUGCGGAGAAGUGCCAUCAUACAAUGCAAGCAACUCUUCACGGCAAAACCCGAUGAAUUGAGGACGAACCUUCACAAAGCCAUUCCUGGUGUCGCAAAGCUCAUCGUUGAUCCACAAUGCGACCAAGCUAUUCGGCCACAACUUCGCUCGCUCAUUGAGGACAUCUGUAGCGUGUCGGAGUCAACAAUGAGCGCCCACUUCCGUCUACUACUUGCCUAUGUUCAACGCGGUCUCAGCUAUGUCGAAUUGAGUGUGCGUACGUUUUCGCUCUCCAUCCUGAAGUUAUUGAUGCAAACGUAUAAGAAUCUAUGUCGCAACGAUGAGGAGCUUUUCCAGUCGUUUAUCAACGUGCUUGGAUCACCGAGAAAGCCAGCUUGGAACACAAAGGGUUUUCUCGAAUGUGUGGCCCUGUUCUUGACGGUAUUCACAAUCGAAGAGAAACGAACAAAUUUUGGAGUCUCUGUCAUGAUUGAUACUACAAAAGAAACGAUUUCAAUACCAGUAAACUUAACGCCUUCUGGGAAUCCAUUUAUCUUGGCUCUAUCAAAUCGGAUAUCUCAACAAGCUUCACCCUUUGAAAAUCCAGAAGCUAUCCUUCAAUUUUCAACAGUGAUCGCUCCAAUCGUCUUCAUGGCUUUGUCGGAUGAGAAGGGAGGACAGUUUCUAGAGCAAACACUGGCUAUCAUUGAGAAUGUCGGCAUCAUUUUGGGGAAACAAGACAAUCGCUUUUUAUUACCCAACUUUCAAGCACGCUUGACAUCUAUUUGGGAAAAUGUUGUAAAGGCACUAGAAAAGAAGCGCAGGAGCGGCAUCAACUAUAGGCAAACGCAAUGGCUCGUCGAACAUGGACUGAUGAAAGCGGCAAAGAAGCGAGCACGU